AUGACGGCAGAGGGGACUCAGGUUCGGGGCGGGAGGCGACGAGGAGCACGAGGAGGAGGAGGCGCAAACGGAGGAGGGAACAAGAAGGGUUUGGGGGGGGGACAACCGCGGAAGGACACAGGUGCACGAGUUGUGCACAGGGACAAAGACCUGGCGAACAACUGCGUGGAUAACCUCAUGCUUUCUUGGUCGGAGGAUGAUGAGGAGGAUGAUGAUGAUCAAGCUGACGAGCAAAGUCAUCAUCAACAUCAAGGGCGGCUGAUGACGAGGAUGAGGACGACGACGAGGAUGAUGAUGGCGACAGGCAUGACGAAUGAAGAGGAGGACAAGACGGCGGACGACUCAAAAGACGAGGAGGUGUGGCAGCGCAGGCAGAAGGUUAUGGAAGAGACAAUGGAGGCCGAAUUGCACGACAUAUUAGAACAAGAAGCAAACGUCUCCGGGGGAGGAGGACGCACGCCAGCGCCAGCGCCAGCGCCAGCGCCAGCGCCAGCGCCAGCGCCAGCGCCAGCGCCAGCGCCAGCGCCAGCGCCAGCGCCAGCCAUCAUCGCAACAAGGAAAAGGAAAAGUGGGCAGGCGCCCAUCAAUGUUAUGAAUCAUGAACAACAACCCCAGCAAGCCGUCGUCCGCCGUUCAACACGGCUGCUGCUAUAUCAGGGGACCCCGGCGGCUGCAUCAUCAGCACGAGGUGCAAAUAAAGAUGCUGUCGAUGCAGCAGCAGCAGCAGCAGCUGCUGCACGGCGGCAGGCUGCCCUGCAGCUGGUGCUGGCAAAGGCAUGCAGCCAUAAGGCAGUGGCCUUUAAAGUGGGCAAGGGGAUUGAGGCACUUGCGGAUCGGUAA